AUGGCAAAAGGUGCAAAGUCCGAAGAGCAACCGCCCGCGGCCGAAGAAGAUCUUUACAAGAUCUUGGGCGUCGAACCGAAUGCAACCCCCGAGGCGAUCAAAACUGCAUACAAGAAGAAUGCACUGAAGCACCACCCUGACAAGGUGGCCGAGGAUGCCCGUGACGAAGCCCACGCCAAGUUCCAACAAAUCGCGCUUGCAUAUGGUGUCCUUUCAGAACCUCGUCGUCGCGAGAUUUACGAUCGCACGGGCCGGACCGACGAUGCGUUUGGCGAAGAUGGCGACUUUGACUGGAUGGAGUUCUACCGCGAGCAGCUGUCCGCCAUGCUGGACACCCGCGCAAUUUCCGACUUCCAGAAGAAAUAUCAAGGCUCAGAUGAGGAGAAAAAAGAUUUGCUAGAGGCAUAUGACACCCAUGAGGGAGAUAUGGAUGGCAUCUAUGAGUCUGUGAUGCUUUCCAAUGUCCUGGACGACGACGAGCGCUUCCGGGCCGUUAUUGACCAGGCCAUUGCUGACGGCGAGGCGGAGAGCUACAAGGCGUAUACCGAGGAGUCUGAAGCUAAGCGCCGGGCGCGAGUGAAGAAGGCCCAAAAGGAGGCCAAGGAGGCGGAGAAGUUGGCGAAGAAGGUGGAGAAUGACAAGAAGAAGAAGGCGGCAGCUGCGUCAAAGGCAACCAAGGGUUCUGCUGGGAAUGAGGAUGAUCUGCUCGCGUUGAUCAGCAAGAGGCAGCAGCAGCGUGGACAGGGCUUCCUGGCGCAUUUGGAAGAGAAGUAUGGACAGCCCAAUGGCAAGAAGCGCGCUGUCGAGGAGCCACCGGAGGAGGCAUUUGCGGCAGUCGGGGCGCGUAAGAAGUCAAAGGAAUCCAAGCCGAAGUCCAAGAAGUCUUCUAAGUCAUGA